AUGCGCGGCCGCCUGUGGCUGAGCCUGGUGUGGCUGCUGCUGGCGCGGGCGUCCGGCGCCGCGGGGACCCCAAACAGCCCGCGGAGACCGCGCAGCUACCCACACCUGGAGGGCGACGUGCGCUGGAGGCGCCUCUUCUCCUCCACCCACUUCUUCCUGCGAGUGGACCCCAGCGGCCGCGUGCAGGGCACCCGCUGGCGUCACGGAGCUGACAGCAUCAUUGAGAUCCGCUCCAUCCGUGUGGGCGUCGUGGCCCUCAAGGCUGUGCACACCGGCUUCUACGUGGCCAUGAACCGCGGGGGCCAUCUCUACGGGUCGCGGGUCUACACCGCCCACUGCAGGUUCCAGGAGCGCAUCGAGGAGAACGGCUAUAACACCUACGCCUCGCUCCACUGGCGUCACCGCGGUCGGCCCAUGUUCCUGGCGCUGGAUGGGCAGGGGUCCCCGAGGCGCGGUGGCCGGACACAGCGGCACCACCUGUCCACCCACUUCCUGCCCGUCCUGGUCUCCUGAGGUUCCCAGGGGCCACGAGGAGCAGCUGGACAGAGAUCCCACAAGAUGCCCGAGCUGCACGGCCGGGGGCUGGGGAAGCCCAGGCCCUGGCAAAGCACGUCUGGUCACUUCUCUGUUCCACAAGCAAUAACGGUGUGUCCGCAGUGUGCCGGGCUGGGGACACUGCAGGACCCCCACAGAUGCAGCCUGACUCCCAGGGGGCUCCUGUCUGAGUCUGCGGGGAGGUGGACGCU